AUGAUUUCACUCUGGAUUAUCUCCAUAGAUAAUCCAUUUCAAGAAUGUACUGUAAGCAUCCCAGUAAUACUGGCAAAAUACCAAUUUCAAACAAUCGAAAUUCCAGCUGGACAAUGUUUGGCCACAAAUGCUGAUGCAAUGAUUGCUACAUACUCUGAUGAAGAGAGGUAUAAAUUAUCAUACAAAACAACAACUUUUGAGAAUGGUCAAGUGAAAUUUAGUGAUGAAAUUCAAUUUGAGGUUGAAAAUCCUCUCUUUUUGAAUCAUAUUGAUAGCCAAAAAUAUUACAAAAUAUCUGCAGUUAAUACAUCAAAGACAAUCAAUCUUUUCUUUAUGUUAAUUGAUGGGACAGGAAAUGAUGGAUCAAUUCAUGAAACUUACAUUGUUAACAUUGCAAAAGGAGAUUUUCAAAUAGUUUCAAACAAAGAUAAGAAAAUUUAUAUUGGUGUGAUAUAUAAAAAUGCUUUAGAACACUUAACAAUAUCAUCAAAUAAUUCAAUAAAAGUUCUCUAUAAAGAUAAGGAAGAAUCUGGUACUUUUCAAAUGUAUCAAGAACAAGGUCCGUUUGUUCUUGAAAUAACAGCUUCUGGUCCAACAUUAACCAAAGUUGAUCAUUAUGGAACUUAUAAUGGUAUUUUUGAUGCAAACCAAUUUCAAGUUUAUGAGGGAAUUGUUCCCGCAAUUAAUGGGCCAAUUUCAAGUACAGAUGCUUGGAUUGCAGAGUCAAAACGUAAUAGAGCAAUCCAAUACGAAAUAGAUGAAUCUUAUAAUGGUGAAUGUAAUUAUUCUUACACAGAGAAAGACAGUAUUAUAAAGACAUUCAAUCUUAAAGCAAAUGAGUGCCUAAGAACAACCGUUCCUGUAAUUCUUUCUGCUAAUAAAAAUUACUCUGUCAAAGGACAAACUAGAGAUUCACAAGGCACUUGGACCUCUGAUUUUACAGCAGCAAGUCCAUUAUUUUUAAACGUAAAUGAUGGCGGUCGUGUUUAUUCAAAAAUUACCUGCGAUGAUUGCAAAAUUCAAAUUUCUCAAAUUAUACCAUCCACGAAAAUAACUAAUUUAUUUGUUGAUACUGUAAUUAAAGGACUAUAUAACGGACAAGCUUCAAAGACAGCAAAGGGGUACUCAUUUAUAUCUUUGAAACCAUUAACCAUCACGAUCGAAUCCGAGUUAGGAGCAUAUUUUGCAAGGCCUACAGAUGAAGAGUCUACAUUAAUAAAAGGGCAAAAAAUUAUAAAAACACAAGGAUCGGAUUUAUUCCAACUCUACAAUAGUGGAUUUGAUAGUAAAUUCACAAUCACUCUUUCCGGAGGAAGAUCAUCAACUGAAGAUGAGGAAUUUUUAUUCCCCGAUUAUUCAGGUGAAGUUCCUAGUAACAAUGGACCAAUAAAAAUAACAGGAGUAAAUAGCGUGAAAGAGAGUCCAAAAGGAUCAAAUGGUGGUAGCUCUGUAUGGAUUCCAAUUGUCGUUGCAAUUGUUGUAAUUCUUGUAAUUGCAGGAAUUGUUGUUGGACUUGUUCUUUUCUUCAUCAAUCGGAAGAAGAAAGAAGCAGAAAACGCCCAAGAUUCACCAGAUACUAAAGAAAAUAACCCAGCCCAACCUUAA